CCGCGAAACCUCGAGAGCCAUGGCCGCGCAGAAGAUCAACGAGGCGCACGAUCACAUCGCGAAAGCCGAGAAAUGCUUGAAGACCAGCAUGUCCAAGUGGAAACCUGAUUAUGAUGGAGCCGCUUCAGAGAUGGCAAAAGCAGCUGUGGCUUUUAAAAACGCCAAACAGUUCGAACAAGCGAAGGAUGCAUAUCUGAAGGAGGCCGAGUACCACACAGAAAACAAAGCACUCUUCCACGCAGCAAAAGCAUAUGAACAGGCUGGCAUGAUGCUGAAGGACAUGAAGAAAAUGCCUGAAGCCAUUCAGCUGAUCGAGAAGGCCAGCAUCAUGUACGUGGAGAACGGGACGUCUGGCACCGCUGGAAUAGCCUUGGACAGAGCUGGGAAACUCAUCGAGCCGAUUGAUCUGGAGAAAGCCGUGGACUUGUAUCAGAAGGCCGCAUCUUGUUUUCAGAAUGAAGAUCGCCUCAGAGAGGCCGCAGAGCUUCUGGGAAAAGCCUCCAGACUUCUGGUGAGACUGCGCAGGCUGGACGAGGCCGCCGUGUCCCUUCAGAAAGAGAAGAACAUGUACAAGGAAAUCGAGAACUACCCCACCUGCUUUAAGAAAACCAUCGCUCAAGUGCUGGUUCAUCUCCACAGAGGAGACUUUGUGGCUGCAGACAAGUGUGUCAGAGAAAGUUACAGUCUCCCAGGGUUCAGUGGGAGCGAGGACUGUGUUUCCAUGGAGACGCUACUGGCGGCGUUUGACGAGCAGGACGAGGACAAGCUGUCACGCGUCUGCAACUCACCUUUACUGAAGUACAUGGACAACGACUAUGCCAAGCUGGCGAUCUCUCUGAAGGUGCCCGGUGGAGGAGGCGGAAAGAAGAAGAAAUCUCCUGCUGCUCCUCAAGGGGGCAGCGCCGGCCCGCCACCGGCCGAUGAAGAUGACGAUUAUGCGGGAGGUUUAUGUUAAUGGAGAGAACGGCCAGUCUGUGUGUGUGUGUGUAUGUGUGUGUGUGUGUGUGUGUGUGUGUGUGUGUGUGUGUGAGUGAACGAGCAUAUCAGUGUUUCCUUCCUUUGUGCAGUGGAGUCAUUCUGUUCCUGUUUGUCCCACCUAGGAGUGUCCAGAUUUCUGUGCGUUUACGAUGAGUCACACAGAAAACCCUACACACACAGGCUGUGGACAUCAGUUUAACAUAUUUAAUGCAAUAGAGCGCUGAAGUGAUGACGUGUUUUUUUGGUUGGUUUUUCCAGCGCCUUUUGGAUAACUGAAGAAAAUGAGAUCUGUGAGCAACAGAAGUUUGUGAUUCUUACAUGUUUUCUUCAUCAUGAUAAUCUUCACAAUUUUUAUGAAUUUUGAAGCAUGCAUACAUGUGCCAGAAGUAAAAAGCUUAACGUAAGCGGUAAACUAACUCUUAACUCUCUUCACUUAAAAACUUAAAAGGGUUAUUACAGUUAAUUAAAAUCUAAAACCAUUUAAAAAGAAAAAUAAACAAAUAAAUGUUCCAAUAACACUGGUUCAGCACGACGACCUCUGUGGUCCUGUUUAGACUUGUUUUCAACCACCUUUUUAAGACAAGUAAAAAAAUAAAAUAAAUAAAUAAUUAUUACCGGUGUUGAGGAAAGUUACUUAAAAAGUGAUGCAUUACAAUAUUGUGUUACUCCAUUAAAAAUAACUACAGUAAUUUCAUUACUUAGUUACUUUUUAUGGAAAGUAAUGCAUAACGUGACUUUUGUGUUACUUUUUGUCGUCUAAACUGGGAUUGCUUAUUUAUUUUUAAUAACAAACCUCCCCAAAAGUUAUAUCUUUGGUAACUGUAAAGGCCACUUUCACACCAGAAGUGAAAUGAAUAAGCCUCAGGCUGAAGGAUGUGUCUUUGCCUCUGCACUUUCUCUCAGCACAGGAUGGGAGAGCUGUCAGUGUAUAUAGUUAGGUCAGGUAUUUUCCUGUAAAUGUAAACGUAAUGCAUUACUUCACUAGUUACUACUUAUGUAUUAAAUAAUGUAGAAUAAAAUGUGAAAAUAUCUCGUGUUAAACCACAGAUCGUACUUCAGUCAUUUAACAAAAACCGUCAAGAUGAUGUACAGAAAUGCUCAUUUUCAGGUUUUGAACUACAAAAAUCUGUCAUCCUUUCAGCACUCUAUUGAUUGCAGUGUUUUCAGUCAAGUUACAAGCAUUCGUCUUCCAUUGGUCAGUUAAAUAGUCCUGCCCCAAAACUCACACCAUUGGUUGAGCCUGUAAAUUAUAAGCACUGGGCAUUUUCAAUGUGUGUGUGUGUGUGUGUGUGUGUGUGUGUGUGAGAUCAUAUUGUUGGAUAAAUUCCGUUUGUAAAUGUUUUUUUUUAAUUUGAUAAGGAAACAGAAUUGUGUGUUCUGUACAGAAUUUAUGUAGUUUUAUUUGUGAAUUGUCUGUGAUGUCAAAGUGAUAUUGAAUCAGUUCUAAAAAAUUAUAAAAUACUAUAUUAUUAUUAUUAUGUACAGUAAUUUAUUGUAAGUGUUGUUGAAAUGUAAAUGUGGCUGUGGAGUGAGCCGUCAUGCUACGUUUCCAAAUAUACAAACCUGACAGACAUAAAGAUGCAAAAAUGAGCUAAUAAAAUCACAAUCUAUACAGU